CAUAACCGGUUUAAUUCGCUUUUUUUUUCUAAUUCUAUGAUUAAUGGGAAGUAAGCCUAAGGGCGCCACUAGAGGGCGCCCCCAACACAUUUGUCGCCCUAGGCAAUUGCCUAGCUCGCCUGUAGCAAUCGCCGGCCCUGUUCACAGUUUUACAGCUCUAUUCCAAAAUAGGCAACAUGCAGUACGGUGGGUUGUCCCACACCUCUGACCUGCCAGUUUACCGAGGUUUAAAGUGGUUCCAAAGUGGAAGAUAAACCCCAAAAUAUUUGCUUAAUACCAAUUCAUGUCUUUUAUCUCAAUGUUUUCUUUAACUGAUUAAUUCUUUCAGUAACAUUAAUUCCAGUUUUCCUUGCUUCUCAUUACAGCCUUCCACUUGUGCGAGACUUCUGCAGUUUGGAAAUUUCCUUGUGCUACCAGUGCUGUUACAAAUUACACCACAGACAUUAUUAUUCUGUAUUAACACAUUAAAGGAACAUUACAUCAGAAUCACUUCAUUGACAAACCGCAUCCCUGAUUUGCAUAUUCGAUUACAACACAAAACCGCACACACACACACACACACACACACUUACUGACACAUACACAGCACAAAUUAUUAGAAUCCUUACAAAUACAACUGUUUUACAAUACAUAUUUGAGGCAUAUUUUUCUGUCUGCUUUUUGGAUAACAUAACUUUCCUUCCAAGUUUUAGUCUUUCUUCAGGCUUUAACGAUGCCACGGAGGGGUAGGCGUUCGGAGGCGGCCAAGAGGAGAUGGAGGCGUCUGGACCAGGAGGAUCUGCAGUCCACCUCAUCGGAUCGCACCAAGCCCGGGACGCCACCCACCACCUCGCGGGUUUGGUCCCCCACGAAGUCUCCGCUGCUUAAGAUGUCCAGGCUGCUCGAGCCCCAGUCUCCUGAUGAGGCGUCGUCGAGUGCCACGGCGUACCAGGAGGAGCCCCGUGAGCCAUUGACCUUUCUUUGGUCAGGCCGGGGGACGGGCCAUCGUCAUCGGGUGAAGCAGUGGCCGCGCUCCGAUGUGACUGGGCUCAGUCACAAGUUGGUCCUCCCCGCUGAGGCUCCGGAGAAGAAGUUUGCUCUGUUGGUUGGUGACUCCCAUUUACGUGCUAUCGUAGAUGGCUUUGUCACCAUGCCAGAGGGCAAGUUCUCCUUUGGGUUCCUUGCAACCCCCGGGGCCUCUGCGGCUCAGUUGAGGCGCGAGGUGCAGAAGGCAGUUCUACCCCGGACUCCCGAGGUAGUCUGUCUGUUGGCACCCAGCAACAACUUGACCGCCAGCAGGACACCGGAGGAGGCAGCUGUGGACUUUGACGACUUGCUGGCCACCAUCUGCAGCCGCUGGCCUAACGUGGUUGUUGUGGACUUUCCUCCACGUCUUGUUGUGGAGGAAAGCCUGCAGCUUCUGCUGCGGCAGGCGUACCACCAGGUGGCUGCUCGGAGAAGUGUUCGGUACCUUUCUGUCGCUGAAUACUUCCCUCUGAGUCGUCUGGAGCUGUGGAGCAAGGAUGGCGUUCACCUGAGCGACAGUCCUGGGAUGGAGGUUCUUGCCCAGCUGCUGUGGGUUGCCACCUACACGCAGCUGGAUGCAAGUGAACCGAAAUCUCCAGCUCCUGUGACGGCAUCCCCUCCCCCGGUCAGAAGUUCCCCCCCUCCUAGGCUGGUGGUGGUCGGCAAGGUGGCGUCUCCACGUCCUUCCAACCCCUUCGAAUGGACACUCGUGGAAGGUGGCCAGAAGCAGCAGGUCCAGGGAGAUGUCAGUCCACACACCAGCAAGAGGAUGGUUGACCAGCAGGGAGACCUGCUGGACUCUUCCAUUCCUCCAAAUCCUGUGUGGUUCAGCCCUGCCUUGCUGGAGGAGAUGGAUCGGAUCGUCCCCUCGUCUGGCUGUGACUUCCUGGAAACACCCUGUGCUCCGAAGGGGAGGAAGGCUGAGGGAACGCUGGCUGAGAAGACCAGGCCCGUCCGCCACCAGCCAAGGAGAGAAGUCCCUCCGACCGAGGACUGUGCGUUGGAACCUGCUGUUUGCGGUUCACCAGUCCGGUCUGUGAGGGCUACACAUUCCCAGGCGGACAGGAAAUAUGGUAUUUUUUCACGUAACCAUCAGUGUGCAUGCAUGGCUCUGACUUUUUUGGCUUAUCACAAUGAGGGGUUGCAGUUUGAUAAAGUGUUACUUGACAGAGUGCUUGAAAAAGGAGAUGCACUGUAUGUUGCCACUAAACAGCAGCUCAUGUUGGAUGGUACAUUUGCUGACGAUCACUUGACAGUGGAAGAGAUGCCCAGGCAUGUGCUGACGGACAGGAACAUCUACACUGUACACACAACAGGUAUUAGAGUUGGUUUUGUCUUCCGUCAUAACGACAGCCCUCCAACAUCACGACGGUUGGGUUUGGAUCUUGCCUCACAACUGGAGUGCCUGUCUGAAAAUGUCACCCAUGCUUUCCUUCUGGUCACUCCAGAGUUCAUUGCGGUUUUCCGUGACAGAGACGGUAGGUUUGGUGUUUUCGAUUCUCACUCACGGAAUUCAGCAGGCCUCCCCCACCACAAUGGAACAGCAAUAAUGAAGACGUUUAGCAACUUGACACUAAUGGUUCAGCAUCUUUACAAACUCUUUCAAAACAGAGGCCCCCGUGCCACUUAUGAGUUUGUUCCAGUUGGAUUUGUCAAUGAUUGUGAUGAUGCCCCUCCUCCCAUCUUGGACUCUGUUAAUAUUUCACCAGCACCCACAGAAGCAAGACCAGAGGUGCAAAAACCAGAGAGCACUUCUGACCAAGAGGAAAUGCCACCUUGGCUUUGUGAUGUAGCCAACACAGUAGAGGAAACCUUCCCAACAGUUCCAGAUGUGACCAAAAUGCCUAAAGCCAGGAGGCAAAAGGUAAAGCAAAGGAUUCAAGCACAGCUAGGAUGCAGUUUACUUAGAAAGAUAAAACAAAGCACAUCCGAAAAAGAAAGGUAUAAAUCCUGUCCAGCAUUCAAGUUAAGUAAACUACAAGCCUUAAAAAAAACAUAUGUCCUUAAACAACAGCAAAGGAAGGACCACUUCGCCAGCAAAUACAAGACUGACCCUGCCUUUCGUUGGAGAAAAAUUAAUUACGUAAAGGAAAGAUACAGAACGGAUCCCACCUUCAGAACGAUACGGAAUACAUACAUGGGUCGGCGUCUGAGACAAAAAUACAACAAGGAUCCUUCCUACCAAAGCCAAAAGAGAGAAUAUAUCAGGACACGUUAUAGCAAAGACCCCACCUACCGAAGCCGGCAGAAAAAAUAUGUCAAGGUCAGAUACACAGAUCCCGACUUUAGAGCCAGGCAGAUAAGAGUUAUGAAAAAGUAUUUGAGAGAAAAGUAUCACACAAAGGAAGUGUUCCGGGUUCAACAUAUUAAAAAAUGUAACAUUAACAAGAAAUUAAGGCUGUCAAAGCAAGCGCUUUCCAAAGAUUGGACAUUGCGGUGUGCUCUGCGAAUCCGUAGGAAAUACAGGAGGAACUUUGGCCACCACCAGGAAGCUCCAAAGCCUCAGAUCAGCCCAGAAAUGAACGCAGCAAUAAAGAAAUUCCAGGACAAAAUUCGCCAUGGACCCACAUACGUCUGCACGGUGUGCCACAGAGCUCUCUUCCCAGGUCAAGUGAAACAUUGUAACAGGGGGAAGUAUAAAAAGAAGAUGAAAGUGGUGGCUGAGUGCUUAACGGGUACUUAUGUACAUGUCUGUGGAUCUGCAUGCUCUGCCCCAUGUUCUGUACCUGAGGAGAGGAUGCAGGAAUGGAUCUGCUUCACAUGUGACAACCACCUAUUUAGAGGAGGGAUGCCACCAAUCGCUGCUGCAAAUGGCUUGCAUCUGUCACCCAUUCCCCCGGAGCUUGCUGGGCUGAAUGUGCUGGAAAGGCAGCUAAUAUCCAAAAUUAUCCCAUUUGCAAAGAUCGUUUCUUUGCCAAAAGGACAGCAAAAAGCAGUACAUGGAGCUGUUGUAUGUGUUCCUUCUGAGAUGGAAACAACUGUCAACAGUCUCCCACGGCCCAACACAGAAGCCCAGCUCUUACAGGUCAAGCUGAAGAGAAAAAUCAAAUUCAAAGGACAUCAGUACUUCUACACCGUCAACAUGAAGAAUGUGCUGGCUGGUCUUGCCACACUUAAACGGACCCAUCCCGAUUACAGGGAUGUUACUGUAAACGAAAGUGCUACGUUUGACUUUCAAGAGGAUGAGCCAACCGAGGAGUCUAUCCCUGAAUCUGACCAUGAUUCGGAUGCGGCAACGGACCAACAACCUGAGCACAUAGGGGAAGAGCAUCAGGCGCUUCGGCCUGGUUUAGUCUUGGACACCUGUAUGCAGCCCCCUGACCUGGCACAGGAAGUGCUUUCUUAUGGAGAUGGUAUUUUCAGCAUCGCUCCUGCCCAAGGAAACAAACCUGUUUCCUUCUUCACUGUUCCCAGGCUUGAAUCCAUGGCUUACCCUGUCCAAUUCCCCACUGGAAGAAACACCUUGGAUGAAGCCAGGCGAGUCAAGCUGUCUCCGAGUAUGUAUUUCAAUGUACGUCUUUUCUCGGUAGACACUAGGUUUGCGGCAGACCAGAGUUAUCUUUUCUUUGCUCAGUUUGUCACUGAGACCCACAUGGCCAACAACAGCAUGUCUAUCCAAACACGGAAAGGGAAACCGAUGACCAAAGAUGGACGGAACAUUUCCAGUAAAAUGCUCCAGGAUAAAGAAGAGGUGGAAACGCUGAUCCAGAAUAAAGAGGCCACUCGUUUCAUGCAACCGUUACGAGGCACUCCGGCUUAUUGGGAAAAAGGCCUCCGUGAUUUGCACGCCAUGGUUCGGCAGCUUGGAAAACCUACCUUCUUUGUGACCUUCUCCGCGGCUGAAAUGAGAUGGCCAGAGUUCAUUGAGGCUAUCAAAGCUCAGCAUGGAGAACAGGUAGAGUUUUCAGAUCUUGACUGGAAUGCAAAGUGCGAUAUUCUUAGAAGCAAUCCGGUUACUGUCAUGCGCAUGUUUGAGAAGAGAGUGGACGCGCUUUUCACAGACCUCAUUCUUUCCCCGGCACAGCCUCUUGGGCCUGUUGAGGAUUACUUUUAUCGUGUGGAGUUUCAGGCAAGGGGUUCACCUCAUAUACAUGCGGUGAUUUGGAUUAAGGAUGCACCCGAGAUGGAAGACCCGGCAUGUUGCGAUGGAGUCAUAAAUUUCAUCGACCGCUACAUAUGCUGUCAACUGCCCGAUGAAACCGCAGACCCCGAGCUCCAUAAAAUUGUCAAAGAGGUUCAGAUGCACAGCAGAAAGCAUUCGAAAUCGUGCAAGAAAGGAAACGUCGAAUGCCGAUUUGGAUUCCCCAAACUACCGAUGGAAAGAACCACCAUCACUGUCCCUCAGUUCGAUUUGGAUUUGGAAGAUGACGAGAAAAAAGCAGAGCAAGUGAAGGAAAAGAAAGGUCGGAAGAAGUCCAAAAAAUCCAGAUCCAGAAUCAUCUCUACACUACAAACGGUGGCUAAGAAGAAGCUGAAGCCUGUAAGGGAUUUACUUAGGGACGAAAAAUCAUCUUUCAAGGAUUUGUCGGAGCUACUCCAGGCUUGUAAUAUGACCAGGCAGGAAUAUAGGUACUAUGUUGACGCUCUCACUUCUGGGAUGGUGGUAAUGAUGAAGCGGGACCCCAGGGACGCUUGGGUUAACGGUUACAACCCAGUUCUCCUACGUGCGUGGAAUGCCAACAUGGACAUUCAGUAUGUGCUUGAUGAGUACAGCUGCAUCGAGUACAUGAUGUCCUACAUAGCCAAGCCAGAGCAUGAAAUGGCACAGUACCUCAAGUCUGUCGUUGAGGAUCUGAAGAAGUCCAAUGUCAACCAGCAGGAUGAGAUGAAGAAGAUAAUGCAGGCUUAUUCAAAACAACGAGAGGUCAGUGCUCAGGAGUCUGUAGCACGCACCUGCAGUCUACCUCUUAAGAAGUCGUCACGUAGUGUCAUUUUCAUUCAAACGGGUGAAGACGCUGUGAAAAUGAGUCUUCCAAUGAGCAGACUCAUGAACAUGGGCCCAGAUGAGGAGGAUAUCUGGAUGAAAGGAUUGCCAGACAAAUACAUCAACAGACCUCAAAAUGUGGAAUUUGAAGACAUGUGUUUAGCUGUAUUUGUCUCUGAAUACAGGGUCCUGUAUGGUAGGCAAAUUGAAGGACCCAAUGCAAUCCCUCUCUUAAACGAGGCCGGAUACAUCCAGAAGAGAACAGUGGGGAAGCCAGCCGUCAUUAGAUUCACUCGUUUCUCCGAAAAGAAACAGCCGGAAAAAUUUUACAGACGGCUUCUGAAGUUGUACUUGCCACACAGGAGCGACGAGGAUCUCAAAAGUCAGGAACACCCAUCUUAUGAAGCCUUCUACAACAAUGGACGUCACCGUAGGUGGAGUGUCAAACAAUGGGUAGACUUUAAUCGGAAGAGGUAUGAAGGACAAGGGAAAAAAAUCGACAAGAUCAUGGAGAAAAUGAAAAAGCAAGGACCAGUUCGGAAUGCUUGGAACACUUUUGCGCCCGAGGUUGAAGUCGAGCGUUUGGAAUGUGUUGCGCAGCGGCCAGUGGUGGAACAAGACGAAGAGCAGGACCCGGUUCCCGAAUACCAAAUGGAUGUAACCCUGCCGGCAAUUGAAGUACCUAAACUGAGCCCUGACUUUGUACGACAAAUGUUCCGCAGUUUAAACCAGACUCAGUCAUCUAUAUUCUAUGCCGUUCGUCAUUGGUGCCUGCAGCGUGUCUGGGGUCAGAACCCAGAACCCUUCUUUUACUUCUUGACGGGAGGAGCCGGGUGUGGUAAAUCGCAUGUCAUCAAAUGCGUUUACCAGGAGGCAACUAAGCUUUUGCGUCAGCUUCCUAGAUUGCGGGAUGUCGGUGACAUGUCUCAGCCCACUGUGCUCCUCACCGCUUUCACUGGGACUGCGGCAUACAACAUUUCAGGCAAGACUUUGCAUUCCAUCUUGAAGCUCCCCAAAAGCUUGAAGCCACCUUAUAAGGGACUUGGAAAUGCCCUGGAUGAGCUCAGAGCAGUUCUUUCCAAUGUGGAAAUCUUGAUUAUUGAUGAAAUCUCCAUGGUUUCUAAAGAACUAUUGGCAUAUGUUCACUGGAGAUUUCAGCAGAUCAAAGGGAACACAAGGCCGUUUGGUGGGGUCUGUGUUCUUGCGGUGGGAGACUUUCACCAACUGCCCCCCUUGGGAGCUUCAAGACCUCUUUGUGUCAUGGAGGAUGGUGUACUUGAUCUCUGGAAUGAGAAUUUCUGCCUAGUAAGUCUAACCGAAAUCAUGCGGCAGAAGGAUGACAAAGUCUUUGCUGAGCUGCUUAACCGGCUUCGCGUCAAAAGGAAAGCUGAUGAUCUCAGUGAAGAGGACAGAGCUUUGCUGACGCGGUGUGUUGCAGAUCCCAAGGAUUGUCCCUUGGAUGUGUUGCACAUAUUUGCAACCAACAAACAGGUGGACGCACACAACGCUGCGGUGGUUGCCUCUUUAGGUACAGCGAUUGUGGACGUUCACGCAGAGGACUACAGGAGAGAAACCAAAACAGGAAACAUGGUUAGUUUGGGCAGUUGCGUUAGGGGCAAAAGUCGAGAUUUGCGCGACCACAUACAAGCUGGAUUGGGUAUUAGAGUUAUGAUAACGAGGAACCUGGAUGUAGAGGAUGGCCUGGUGAAUGGAACCUUUGGAACAAUAGCCGACAUCGUUACGGACACCAUAGACGGAACGGUAACUGUGAAACUGAUCGGACUGAGACUGGACAAUUCCACGGCUGGACGGACCAAAAGGAUGCGUGGUAAACCGGACGACUUGGUAUACGUUGAGAGAUUCGAGGAGCAAAGCAGCAUAAAAGGAGUGGUGCGACGGCAGUUUCCACUUAAAUUGGCCUUUGGGUGUACGGCACACAAAGUACAAGGGAUGACCAUGCAGUCAGCAGUUGUUUCUUUAAAACGUAUCUUUGAACCUGGCAUGGCAUAUGUGGCAUUAAGCCGUACCACUUCUUUGGAAGGGCUUAAAAUCAUCGACUUUGAUGAGAAGAAGAUCUACGCUGAUGAAAGUAUCACAGCAGCUAUGGAUACGAUGAGGCGAGCAUCGUUCUUGAACACCAGCCCCCUGCUGCAUUUCCCAUCAAGUCCUCAGCACACUACAUUGAAAAUCGUCCACCACAAUGUCGAAGGUCUUGUGUGUCACUAUGAGGACAUGAAGCACCAUCAUGAACUGGGAUUGGCCGAUAUUCUGUGUCUUACGGAAAGUCAUUUGUUUGGAUCUUCUUGUCCAGCUUCUUUGCAUAUGGAGGGUUAUUGUUUGUUUGCGCGCAACAGACAUGUCUCCUACUCUAGCAGAGCUGACAUUGCUACCAAGGAAGGGGGGGGAGUAGCAGCUUACUGCAGGAGCAUUCUCCAACCUGAGGAACGGAGAUACUUUCACAAUGUUACAGAUCUUGAGUACAAUGUGAUUAGAUUGGACGCUCCGAUAUCCGUCCUUGUUGCCACAGUUUACAGGCCACCCAGUUAUGAUCUUGCCAGCUUCCUGAAAAACAUUCAGAGCUUCUUAGAUGGUCUUAAUUCUUUUGAUAUUCAGCCGGUUGUUGUAUUGGGAGACUUCAAUGAGGAUCUUCUCUCUCCGGGAAGAAAAGCAAUCAAGGAGUUGUUUGAAAUCAAAGGGUUCACCCAGCUUAUCUCGGAUCCAACAACGGAAAAGCGCACCCUGAUUGAUCACAUUUACAUAUCUCGCCCAGAAUAUUGUGUCCAGUCAGGUGUGUUGCAGACGUAUUACAGUUACCACAACCCGGUAUACUGUAUUUUGUCUUCUUUCUCAGCUGCUGCCUCUCCUUGACUUUGUGAAGUGGAAAAUGUGAUUGGGCAGGACUAUGUUGCUUUGUUCUUGAUUUAAUAGUCCCCAAUCACAUAGCACAGUUGACUGUUAAGGCCCUCUUAAUAGUUUGAGUCUAACCAUGAGCCUGCACUUGUGCAACUUUCUGCUGAGCAAUGACUGCUCUCAAUAUGUUUUAUGGCACAAUUUGUUUCUCUUUCUUAGCAGUGCUCCCAUUAGACUUUCCUUUGGUGGUUGUUGUUGUUGUUGUUGAUGAGCCACUACUUGUACAGAGCUAAGCAGAGCACCGUGUUCCAGAAUGGCCAUUUUCCGCUCCGUUUAUUAUCUGGGAAUGUGUAUUUAUUUCUCAUCUUCGGAGUCUUCUCAUCUUAUGUCUGCUGCAGAAUCUUCUCCUAUCUCUGCUGCAGACCUUUCUCCUAUCUCUGCUGCAGACUUUUCUCCUCAUCUCUGCUGCAGACUUUUCUUCUAUCUCUGCUGCAGACUUUUCUCCUCAUCUCUGCUGCAGACUUCUCUCCUAUCUCCUGCAAACUUUUCCCCUUCAUCUCUGCUGCAGACUUUUCUCUAUCUCUGCUGCAGACUUUUCUCCUAUCUCUGCUGCAGACUUUUCUCCUCAUUUCUGCUGCAGACUUUUCUCCUAUCUCUGCUGCAGACUUUUUCCUCAUCUCUGCUGCAGACUUUUCUCCUAUCUCUGCUGCAGACUUUUUUCCUCAUCUCUGCUGCAGACUUUUCUCCUCCUAUGUGUUUUCUCUACUUUCCGCCCUGUGCAUGCUUCAGCCUCUUCUCCCUGUCUCUUUUUUCCCCAAGUGUUAGUCUCUUUUGCAGGUUGCGCAAGGUGAAACGCAUAGGUUGGUGCUUGGUGAACGUGAAGAUUAACCUGGUAGACCUGGAAGACAACCCACCAUUUGCAGCAAGGUCAUGUUGGAUGCUGAGGUCUAUCAGGAGGAGUUCUGUGUCAACAUUUAAAGCUUUUGUGUAGAAUUUGCACUGGACUGAGUUUGCCGUGGACUAAAGGAGAGACCAGAUUGCCCUGUGACUGGCCGUAGUCUUCAGUUGGGCUUGCCAACCCACGCUGUAGACAAGAAGAUUGACCAUCCCAUUGAAUCCUGUGUGGUUUAGCCCAAAGUUGCUGAAAGAAGUGGACCUGAUCGUUCCUGCCUCUGGCUGUGUCACUCCGCUACCUACAUCUUCUCCAAGGGGGAAGAAGUAAACAAGGCCUGGUGUCUGCCAACCACCUUCAGAGGACUGAACACUCAUUACAUCCAACUAAAUCGUUUUGUCCAAGCAGAGGAACAAGAAAAGAAGAAGU